AUGCUGACUGAAAUCGACCAACUCGAAGUCCAUGUCAUUGUCAAUGACGAGCUGGACCCCAUUUCUCCCAGUCCCAAUCCUGCCGUGCAGGUAGCCAGCCGGUUUAUGGGCAUCCCGCUCUCCCCGUUGGACUCCAACACCGAACGAGGCGGUGCGCAGAUGGAAAUGCGAAUGGACAACAUCUGUUGCGCCGCGCACGGCAUUUCCUUGCUUCUUAUUGCCACCAAGGGCGACCAGAAACACCACUUCCUCUUUGACGCUGGGCCAGAGGGUGCGGUGUGGGAGAGAAAUACCAGUCGCCUUCGGACUGAGGUUGGCAAGAUAGAGCACGUUGCUCUUUCGCAUUAUCAUCGCGAUCACUCUGGUGGUUUGACCCGGGCGAUUGAACUCAUCGCCCAGAAUACCGGCAAGGGGGGAAAGGGACCGGUGGUAGAUGUUCAUCCGAACCGUCCAGCGUAUCGAGGCGUGCAAGCCGAUCGACCGAUUUCGCUAGAAGCCGAUCCCUCGUUCGAGGAGCUGGAAGCCGCCGGAGCCCGUCUGCUCAAGAGCCACCAGCCACAUACCGCACUAGACGACUUCUUUCUCAUCUCAGGCGAGAUUCCGCGCGAGACCAGCUACGAGGAUGGCAUCUACGGAGGGUUACGCUACAACGAAGACACCAAACAGUGGGAAGAAGACACCCUGAUCAUGGAAGAGCGCUACGUGAUGUGCAAUCUGAAGGGCAAAGGUCUUGUUGUCUUCACUGGUUGCGGCCAUGCCGGAAUUGUGAACACCUGCCGUGAUGCAAUCAAAUUGGGCAAUGGUAGCCCUCUGUACUGCGUCGUGGGUGGAUAUCACCUGGCGGAUGCCGACGAUACUAAAUUACACGCUACGAUGGCCGACUUGAAGAAGAUGGAGCCCAAGGUACUACUCGCGGGUCACUGCACGGGCUGGCGGUUCAAGUGUCUGAUUGCAAGGGAAUUACCCAACUGUAUGGUCCCGUGUUUCUCGGGGAGCAAGUAUACUCUGUAG